UAUCAACACACCACUGCUGUCCUCAUUGAUCGGUUCUGCUGCACUCGACUCAGCCAUGUCCUCCCUAUCGCCCAGCUCUCAGUUGAACAAAGCCCUACUGCAGCGCUACCUGGCCCUGCCCCAGGGCAACCUGUGUCAGGUGACCUACGUCUGGAUCGAUGGCACCGGAGAAGGGCUGCGAUGCAAGACGCGGACGCUGGAGAGCGAGCCCGCCGGCGUCGAGGAUAUCCCGGAGUGGAAUUUCGACGGCUCCAGCACCUACCAGUCAAAGGGCUCCAACAGCGACAUGUACCUGAUCCCCGUCUGCAUGUUCCGCGACCCCUUCACCCGUGACCCCAACAAGCUGGUCCUCUGUGAGGUGCUCAAGUACGACCGCGAGCCUGCAGAGCACAACACGAGAUUCAGCUGCAAUAAAGUGAUGGAGGAGACGAAGGAAUUUCGGCCUUGGUUUGGGAUGGAACAGGAGUACGCCCUGCUAGGGAUUGACGGACACCCCUACAGCUGGCCACAGGGGGGGUUCCCAAGACCCCAGGGCCCGUACUACUGCUCUGUGGGCGCGGACAGGGCGUACGGCCGCGACGUGGUGGAGAGCCACUACAAGGCCUGCAUGUACGCCGGGGUGAAGAUCUACGGCACCAACGCGGAGGUCAUGCCCUCUCAGUGGGAGUUCCAGGUGGGCACGUGCGAGGGCAUAGAGGUAGCGGACCACCUGUGGAUGGCUCGCUUCCUGCUGCACCGCGUGUGUGAGGACUUUGGGGUGGUCGCCACCCUGGACCCCAAGCCCAUGACGGGAGACUGGAACGGGACCGGCUGCCAUACCAACUUCAGCACUAAGGCCACGAGGGAAGAGGGAGGGCUGAAGCACAUCGAGGAGGCCAUCGAGAGGCUGGAGAAGCGCCACGCCCACCACAUCCGCCGCUACGACCCGCACGGCGGCAAGGACAACAAGCGGCGGCUGACGGGCCGCCACGAGACCUCCAGCAUCGAGCGCUUCUCGGCGGGCCGGGCCGACCGCGGCGCCAGCGUCCGCGUCCCCCUGCAGGUGCACCAGGACGGCCGCGGCUACCUGGAGGACCGCCGCCCCGCGUCCAACUGCGACCCGUACGUGGUGGUCGAGGCCAUCGCCCGGACCUGCCUGCUGGGGGAGGACAGCGACUGAGACUGCG